AUGUCAUUUGGCAGGCUGUUCCACACCCUGACGGCCUCAAAGCAGAAAGAAUUUUUGCCAUACCUAGUUGUCCUCACGUGCGGAAGUUCCAGAAUAAGUAUGCCGGAUCAUUCUAUGUUAAGUUGGAAAAUCACUGACUUUUGUACCAACAAGGCUGUUAAUGAAACUUUGCCGUUUGAACCUUAUGAUAAAUUUGAUGUAACUAAUGUACCUGUUGAUUUCCUUAACGAUAAUGUACUUGCAGAAGUAAAUGCUGUCAUUGAUAAGUUGGAGCAAGAACGGUUGUGGGUGAAGAGUAAGCAAAGAGAAGAAAAAGUAAGCUGUAAAUCCGAGUAUGUUAGUAUUCGCAAAUUGUUCGACCGUGAAGUGCAAAGAGCUAAGCGGUUCUACUGGUAUAACAUGCAGCAAGAACUUCUUACUGAGUGUAAUGUUGAUAAUACUAAAUUUUGGAAAAGUAAUGGGAAAGUUGGUGUUUGGCAUUGUAAAAAACAGAGCAUACCUAAUGAAGUUGUUUUGAAUAAUGGUAAUAUUUCAUGUUCACUUUCAGACGUACUGCAUAAAUGGCAGUCAGAUUUUAGUUCUUUGUUCCAUAAUGAUAAUGUUUCUAACUUUGCCGCCAACGUAAAUGGUACUAGAUCUAGUGAUGUAUUUUUACCAUUUAAUGAACCUAUUUCUAUCCUUGAAGUAAAAAAAAGGCCGUUGAUAAAGCUAAAUACGGUAAAGCUCAGGGUCCUAGAUAAUAUACCCUCAGAAGUUUUAAAGAAUAAUACAGCAAUUUUAUUCUUACAUUCACUUUUUAGUAUAUGUUUUAGUAAUGGCAUUGUACCGACAAUAUGGGGAAAGUCUAUUAUCAACCCUAUUCCCAAAUCAGGUUCCGCAGACUCCAGAGAUCCUUUAUCUUACAGAGGAAUUGCACUUGCAUUUUCCAUGUAUAAAAUCUAUUGUACUAUUCUAAAUGAUCGUUUAAAUGUUUGGGUGGAAGGAAACGUCAAGCUUGUAGAUGAGCUGAAUGCUUUUAGAGAAAAACGUAGUACAAUUGACCAAAUUUCGUCACUUACUAAUUUGAUUGAAAUCAGGAAGAAAUUGCAUAAAUCUACAUUUUCUGCCUUCAUCGAUCUCAGAAAAGCUUAUGAUUGUAUUAAUAGAGAGAAGCUGUGGGUAAAGCUGCGAGAAAUCGGUAUUUCUGGAAAAAUGUUGACAGCAGUAAAAGCACUCUACUCAUCUGUUUAUGCUUGUGUUAGGGUUAAUUCCUUUAAGACAGACUGGUUCAGUGUACAAACUGGUUUGAGACAAGGAUGUAUGUUGUCACCCAUAUUGUUUAAUUUGUAUAUCAAUGACUUAGCACUGUAUUUAAAGUCUCUGGCGAUUGGUGUCUCGUUUGAAAAUGAAAAUAUUUGUAUUCUGAUGUAUGCAGAUGACAUAGUUUUACUAGCUGAAAAUGCACACGACUUGCAAACUUUAUUAAAUGCUUUAAAUGACUGGUGUAAUACCAAUUAUAUGAAUAUUAAUAAUGGCAAAAGUAAAGUUAUAUAUUUUCGACCUGUGUCUGUUCCAAGAUCAAACUGUAUUUUUAUGUGUGGUAAUGUGAUUGUCGAUACUGUAGAUAAGUAUAUAUAUCUUGGUAUAGUUUUAAAUGAAUUUCUUGACUAUAAUGUAACUGCAAAAGCGGUAGCUCAAAGUGUAUGUCGUGCGCUUGGACUAGUUAUUGCUAAAUGUAAAGCCAUUGGAGGGGUGCCUUAUGAUAUCUACUCUAAACUGUAUGAUACACUUGUUUGGCCGGUAAUCAACUAUGGGGCAGCUAUAUGGGGUUAUCGGUCAUACUCUUGUAUUAACGCAGUGCAUAAUCGAGCCAUGCGUUUUUUCUUAUGUGUUGGUAAAUAUACACCUAGUGUAGCACUUGCUGGAGAGCUGGCUUGGCAGCACCCUAUAGUACGUCAACAUAAAACUGUUUCAAAUUUUUGGGUGCGUCUUUGUAAUACAUCUGCGGAUAGAAUUAACAAGCGAAUUGCACAAUGGGCUAUUUCUAAAUCACGUGUGUCAUGUAAGAAUUGGUUUUUCUAUGUUAGAAAUAUACUAACUGAAUGUAAUUUAAACAACUAUGUGGCAUAA